ACAAAAGAGAACAGAGAAUCACCAGAUAGGCUGACAGAACACAGCACAAUAAGCAGCCAGCAACCAUGAUCAGUGGGGCAUCAAUUUGUCUUUUGGGCUGUAGCACCUGCUACUAAUUGGCAUGAAGCGCUCACUGGUUACUGAGAGGUUUAGCACACUCAGUUGUCUCCUGUGUAUGCUGUGAGGAGCAGGAGAGCUAAUUGCUGCUGCUUCAGUGCCAGUGAAUCAACGUGCUGAGCUAAUAGCCACAGAUAGAGGGCAGACGGAUUCCUGCUAGCAGCUUAGAGUUAGUUGCUUGUGAUAAGUAAGACAGUUGGCAUGUACCUCAGAACGUGGGAAGGAUGGUAUGCCUCCUGGCUUAGUAUGCUGAGGUGUUUCGCUUUACUGUGCGGUUUUAAAAACCUCUAGUCAUAUUUUUGUGAUGAUACGAAAGUGGACAUUAAUGGCUCACAGAAACAAGAAGUGUAACGUGUGAAUGAAUCAUCUUGAAACUAGAUGAUGAGCGUUGGUUGUUUUUAAAGGAAUGUGCAGGAGGCAGCGUUGGCAAGGAAACUUGCUGCCUAAGCUUACAUGGAGUACAGAUGAAACUUUGAAACGCAAACCAGGCUUGAGUGGAAGUUGACAGAAGAUGUUCCAACAGUUUUUUCUCUGGAGAUACUUAGCUUCAGGGAUCAUCAUUGGCUCUUUCUUCACAGUCUCCUUGGGCCAGUACGACGAUGACUGGCAAUAUGAGGAUUGCAAACUAGCUAGGGGAGGCCCACCAGCUACCAUAGUUGCUAUUGAUGAAGAGAGUCGGAAUGGUACAAUUCUGGUGGACAACAUGCUGAUCAAAGGCACUGCUGGAGGACCGGAUCCCACCAUAGAGCUCUCUUUAAAGGACAACGUGGAUUACUGGGUGCUGCUGGAUCCUGUUAAACAAAUGCUUUUCCUGAACAGUACGGGCAGAGUUCUGGAUAGAGAUCCACCAAUGAAUAUACACUCCAUUGUUGUGCAAGUCCAGUGUAUCAACAAAAAAGUGGGCACAGUUAUCUACCACGAAGUGAGAAUUGUGGUGAGAGACAGAAAUGACAAUUCACCGACUUUCAAACACGAAAGCUACUAUGCUACCGUGAACGAGCUUACUCCAGUUGGCACCACGAUAUUUACAGGAUUUUCAGGAGACAAUGGAGCUACUGACAUAGAUGAUGGCCCAAACGGACAGAUAGAGUAUGUUAUCCAGUACAACCCAGAAGAUCCGACAUCCAAUGACACCUUUGAAAUUCCCCUCAUGUUGACUGGAAAUGUAGUGUUAAGGAAGAGACUCAACUACGAAGAUAAGACUCAGUACUUUGUCAUCAUUCAAGCCAAUGACCGAGCACAAAAUCUGAAUGAAAGGCGAACCACCACUACCACCCUCACAGUGGACGUCCUGGAUGGAGAUGACUUGGGCCCAAUGUUUCUUCCUUGUGUCCUUGUGCCAAACACUCGGGACUGUCGUCCACUCACCUAUCAAGCCACCAUACCCGAGCUGAGAACUCCGGAAGAAUUGAACCCCAUUAUUGUUACCCCACCAAUCCAAGCCAUUGAUCAGGAUCGGAAUAUUCAGCCACCAUCUGAUAGACCAGGCAUCCUCUACUCCAUCCUUGUCGGGACGCCUGAGGAUUACCCCCGAUUUUUCCAUAUGCACCCCAGGACUGCAGAACUGAGUCUUCUAGAGCCAGUGAAUAGAGACAUUCAUCAGAAAUUUGAUUUGGUUAUUAAGGCAGAACAGGAUAAUGGCCACCCCCUUCCUGCCUUUGCCAGUCUACAUAUUGAAAUAUUGGAUGAAAAUAAUCAGAGCCCUUACUUCACAAUGUCCAGUUAUCAAGGAUAUAUCUUGGAAUCUGCCCCUGUGGGAGCAACCAUUUGUGACAGUAUGAAUUUAAGCACUCCCCUAAGAAUUGUUGCUCUGGACAAAGACAUAGAAGACACGAAAGACCCGGAGCUUCACCUUUUCCUAAACGAUUACACGUCAGUCUUCACUGUCACACAGACGGGUAUCAUUCGCUACCUUACCCUGCUUCAACCAGUCGACAGAGAGGAACAGCAAUUUUACACGUUUUCGAUAACAGCAUUUGAUGGUGUACAAGAAAGUAAGCCAGUUGUAGUCAAUAUUCGAGUGAUGGAUGCAAAUGAUAACACCCCAACCUUCCCUGAAAUAUCCUAUGACGUUUAUGUUUACACAGACAUGAGACCUGGAGACAGUGUCAUACAGCUCACUGCAGUGGACGCAGACGAAGGGUCAAAUGGGGAGAUCACAUAUGAAAUCCUGGUCGGGGCUCAGGGAGACUUCGUCAUCAAUAAAACAACAGGGCUUAUCACCAUCGCCCCGGGAGUGGAACUGAUAGUUGGGCGGACUUAUGCGCUCACUGUCCAAGCAGCGGAUAAUGCUCCUCCUGCGGAGAGAAGGCAGUCCAUCUGCACAGUAUAUGUUGAAGUGCUUCCUCCAAACAAUCAAAGCCCUCCCCGCUUUCCACAGCUGAUGUACAGUCUUGAAAUUAGUGAAGCCAUGAGGAUUGGUGCUGUUUUAUUAAAUCUACAGGCAACAGAUCGAGAGGGAGACCCAAUAACAUACGCCAUUGAGAAUGGGGAUCCUCAGCGAGUUUUUAAUCUUUCAGAAACUACAGGGAUUCUAACCUUAGGGAAGGCCCUGGACAGGGAAAGCACGGAUCGCUACAUUCUGAUUGUCACAGCUUCAGAUGGCAGGCCAGAUGGGACCUCAACUGCCACAGUAAAUGUGGUAGUAACAGAUGUCAAUGAUAAUGCUCCGGUGUUUGAUCCCUAUCUGCCUAGAAAUUUAUCUGUGGUAGAGGAAGAAGCCAAUGCCUUUGUGGGUCAAGUAAGGGCAACAGACCCUGAUGCUGGAAUAAAUGGCCAAGUGCACUACAGUUUGGGUAACUUUAAUAACCUUUUUCGCAUAACUUCCAAUGGGAGCAUCUACACAGCCGUGAAGCUUAACAGAGAAGUGAGGGACUAUUAUGAGCUUAUUGUUGUGGCAACUGAUGGUGCAGUGCACCCUCGGCAUUCAACUCUGACGCUGGCCAUUAAGGUUUUGGAUAUUGAUGAUAACAGCCCUGUGUUCACCAAUUCGACAUACACUGUAGUUGUUGAAGAGAAUCUGCCAGCUGGGACAAUCUUCCUGCAAAUAGAGGCUAAAGAUGUUGACCUUGGAGCAAAUGUGUCUUAUCGGAUAAGAAGCCCAGAAGUGAAGCACAUUUUUGCACUGCAUCCAUUCACAGGACAACUGUCCCUUUUACGGAGUUUGGAUUAUGAGGCGUUUCCAGAUCAAGAAGCAAGCAUCACAUUUUUGGUGGAGGCAUUUGACAUUUAUGGAACAAUGCCACCUGGCAUUGCUACUGUCACAGUAAUAGUAAAGGAUAUGAAUGACUAUCCUCCGGUGUUCAGCAAACGAAUCUACAAAGGAAUGGUGGCUCCAGAUGCGGUCAAGGGUACACCUAUCACCACAGUUUACGCUGAAGAUGCAGACCCUCCUGGGUUACCUGCAAGUCGUGUGAGGUACAGAGUAGACGAUGUACAGUUUCCUUACCCUGCCAGUAUUUUUGAUGUAGAAGAAGAUUCUGGAAGAGUAAUAACUCGUGUCAAUCUUAAUGAAGAGCCUACAACAAUUUUUAAGUUGGUAGUUGUUGCUUUUGAUGAUGGUGAGCCAGUGAUGUCCAGCAGUGCCACAGUGAAAAUUCUUGUACUGCAUCCUGGAGAAAUUCCACGCUUCACACAAGAGGAAUAUAGACCUCCUCCUGUAAGUGAACUUGCAACCAGAGGGACCAUGGUUGGUGUAAUUUCUGCUGCAGCCAUUAAUCAGAGCAUCGUAUAUUCUAUUGUUUCAGGAAAUGAAGAAGAUAAGUUUGGAAUCAACAACAUCACAGGUGUUAUCUAUGUGAAUGCCCCUCUGGAUUACGAGACCAGGACAAGUUAUGUACUUCGGGUCCAGGCAGAUUCCCUGGAAGUGGUCCUUGCCAAUCUUCGAGUUCCUUCAAAAAGCAAUACAGCAAAAGUAUACAUUGAAAUUCAGGAUGAAAACGAUCAUCCUCCAGUGUUUCAAAAAAAAUUCUACAUUGGAGGUGUGUCUGAGGAUGCAAGAAUGUUUGCUUCGGUGCUCAGAGUAAAGGCUACUGAUAAAGAUACUGGCAAUUAUAGCGCUAUGGCAUACAGGCUCAUAAUACCACCAAUCAAAGAGGGAAAAGAAGGAUUUGUGGUUGAAGCAUACACAGGGCUCAUCAAAACUGCUAUGCUCUUCCAUAAUAUGAGGAGAUCCUACUUCAAGUUCCAAGUUAUUGCAACUGAUGACUAUGGGAAGGGACUAAGUGGAAAAGCAGAUGUACUUGUCUCUGUGGUCAAUCAGCUGGAUAUGCAAGUCAUUGUUUCUAAUGUGCCACCAACUUUAGUGGAAAAAAAGAUAGAAGACCUCACAGAGAUCUUGGAUCGCUAUGUUCAGGAGCAAAUCCCUGGUGCCAAGGUGGUAGUGGAGUCUAUUGGUGCUCGAAGGCAUGGUGAUGCUUUUUCUCUAGAGGACUACACCAAAUGUGACCUGACUGUCUAUGCAAUUGAUCCCCAAACCAACAGAGCUAUUGACAGAAAUGAACUUUUUAAAUUUUUGGAUGGCAAGCUGCUGGAUAUCAACAAAGACUUUCAGCCCCAUUAUGGGGAAGGAGGACGGAUACUGGAGAUCCGAACACCAGAGGCAGUGACCAGCAUUAAAAAGAGAGGAGAAAGCCUGGGAUACACUGAAGGGGCCUUGCUGGCUUUGGCCUUCAUCAUCAUCCUCUGCUGUAUUCCCGCCAUCUUGGUAGUGUUAGUCAGCUACCGACAAUUUAAAGUACGCCAAGCCGAGUGCACCAAGACAGCACGAAUUCAAUCCGCUUUACCUGCAGCAAAACCAGCAGCACCUGCCCCAGUGCCCAUGGCAGCGCCCCCGCCCCCGCCCCCGCCUCCAGGCGCGCACCUGUACGAAGAACUGGGUGACAGCACCAUGCAUAAGUAUGAGAUGCCUCAAUAUGGAAGUCGCCGUCGACUGUUACCACCAGCUGGACAAGAGGAAUAUGGUGAGGUGGUUGGUGAAGCUGAGGAGGAAUAUGAGGAGGAAGAGGAAACGCCAAAGAGAAUUAAACCAAAAGUUGAAAUUAGAGAGCCUAGUGAGGAGGAGGAAGUAGUUGUAACUAUUGAGAAACCACCAGCAGUGGAACCUCCAUACACAGCCUGGAAGAAAGCUAGGAUAUUCCCAAUGAUCUUUAAGAAAGUUAGAGGAUUAGCUGAGAGAAGAGCCAUUACUGACCUGGAAGGUGAAGAAUGGCAAAGACGCCUUGAAGAAGAAGAUAAAGAUUAUUUGAAAUUAACUCUAGAUCAAGAGGAAGCCACAGAAAGCACUGUGGAAUCAGAGGAAGAAUCCUCAAGUGACUAUACUGAAUACAGUGAAGAAGAAUCUGAGUUCAGUGAGUCUGCAACCACAGAGGAGGAAUCUGAGUCAGAGACUCCCUCUGAGGAAGAGGAGAGUUCCACCCCUGAAUCAGAAGAAUCUGAAUCCACAGAGUCAGAAGGAGAAAAAGCGAGGAAAAAUAUUGUGCUAGCAAGAAGGCGGCCUGUUGUCGAGGGGCUCCAGGACAUCAAAGGCAAAGGAGAGAAGCCACCUGAAGAGCCAGAAGAAGAGCCUGCAGCAGAAGAAAUGGCAGAAGAACACAUAGAAGAAGGAGAGGAGAGUGAGCUGGCUGCCACAGAAGAAUCCAUAGAGGAAGCUCAAGAUGUCCUUGAGGAGGGCAGUGCAGAAUCACCUUCAGGGGAAAGAAGCAUAGAAAGUGAAGAGGAAUCUGAUGUAGGCAGUAGUAGCAGCAGUAGUGAAAGUCAGACUGGAGGUCCCUGGGGUUUUCAGGUGCCAGACUAUGACAGAGGCAAGAAUGCAAACCAAAAGAAGUCACCCGGAGUGAACGCUGAAGGUUACAACACAGCAUUUUAAAAGAGGGCACAGUAGGUGGGAGCUUUGCGUGAUGAGUACUCUUGUGUGCAGUGCCUUCUGUGUGUUCUCUCUUGAAAUGACUCUUGAAGGAGAGGAUUUUGAUGGGAUUUAAAAACAACACUGCAUAAAUGUGAAUAUGCUUCCCUGGUAAAUUGGCAUAUUGGAAUAUGUUAGAUCAAACUGACUAAUCUUUAUAAUUAUAAAAAAGAACAUAUGUAACCAGCUAGGCACCACUUAGUUUUCCAGCAUGUGAUAUUUUAUCUCAUCAGUGAAGCUUUUCUAUUGGAAUGGAUGGUGCUACACACACAUAUGUGCACAUACACACAUAUGUAAAAUGUUAUAUAAUAUUUUAUCUUCACAAAAUAAA